AUGAGUAUGGACUGCUCCAGUUGCACCAAUCAGGCAAUCAGAGUGGUUUGGGAGAUUCUCCAGAGGCUCCAGUGUCCAGAACCAUUGAAGGAGAACUCCCCCCGCCUCCUGGUGGCUCUGCUCUUCAACAUUUUCAUCAGCACAGAGCCCAUGCCAGAGAAGAUCGACACCUUCUGGAGGUUUGCAGUGCACGUAAUCAAGGCCUUGCUCUUCCAUCUGGAGUGUGAGGACGUGGUGAUGGCGAUGGAUCGCAAGGCUGCCUGGGACACGCUCUUCCACAUGGACACCCACCACUAUGCCGUGGGUCUGCUGGCCAGGGAGAUGCGCCGUGUCUCCAGCCCCUUGUGUCGCCACAUGGGCUGCUACCUCCUCCAGCUGCUCAGCCAAGCAGCAGUGUUGGCACUGCGCUGGGAGUUCCCUGCCAUGGCCUUCCUUGUGGAGGUCCUGGACUGCUUGGACAUGAGGGAAUGUGGCGACACAGUCCUGCACAUCCUUUCCAGGCCCCUGCAGAGCAAGUGCCCAGAGAGGCACCGCCUGGCACUCAGGAUGAUCCUGGUGCUCAGAAAGGAUCCAUCAACGGCUGACAGCACGCUGAGCCUCACACCAAGCCUGGUGCAGCUCCUGGGGGAUGCAGACGGAGAGCUGGCGGCAAUGACCCUGGCUGUGCUCUCGGAUCACUUGCGGGAGCCAGACAUCCAGCUCUCCAGACCCACUGCCCUGAAGCUGGCUGAGGCGCUCCAGCCGCUCUUCAGCAACGACAACAGCCAAGUGCAGCUGCUCUCCAUUCACAUCUUCCAUAAGGUGAUGGAGUUGGCAGUCCAGAAGGCAAGAAAGUCCCUGAAGCGCCACGUGGUGCAGAGCCUGCUCCCACUCUUCUUGCACUGCCACCAUGACAACCAGCACAUGGCAAAGGUCUCUUGGGAAGCACUGCUUUGUGCGGCCAGGUUCCUGAAGUGGAGCGAUCUGGAGAACCUGGUGAUGACAGAGACCCUGUGCACAUUUGGCAAGUGCUUGCUGCAGAAGGACAAGAGGAGAGCGGCCAAGUACCUGCGCCAGGCCCUGCCGUACCUGCAGAGCCCACAGGAGCCCGUGCGAGAGGCGGCCCUCGGCUUCAUGGGGAUCGCCGGCAGGUACCUGAGGGGACAGCACAAAGAGCUGCUGCUCGUCAUCCAGGCCCUGGAGAGCAUGACAGAUGAGAGCCCUGCCAUCUCCAGCCUGGCAGUUCAGACAUCAGAGAUCAUCAGAGGCCUACAGAGAGCUCCAUCCUCCAGAUUGUGGCAGCUCUGAGACUGGCUCUGCAGGC